AUGUGGGAGUUUAGAUCCAUGAAUUUUUGGAGGGCAGUGUUUGCCGAGUUCUUCGGAACCAUGUUCUUCGUGUUCUUUGGGAUGGGCGCUGCUCUGCGCUGGACCACAGGGCCUCACCACGUGCUACAUGUAGCUCUGUGCUUUGGGCUGGCGGCUGCCACCCUCAUCCAGUCCAUCGGCCACAUCAGCGGAGGACACAUCAACCCUGCAGUCACCUUCGCCUACCUGGUGGGCUCACAGAUGUCCUUGUUCAGAGCAGUCUUCUACAUGGCGGCUCAGUGCCUCGGAGCAGUGGCUGGAGCUGCGGUUCUGUACGGAGUCACUCCUGGAAACAUGAGGGGAAACAUGGCCUUGAACACUCUACAGCCAGGCAUCAGCCUGGGCAUGGGCACCACAGUGGAGGUCUUCCUCACCAUGCAACUGGUCGUUUGCAUCUUCGCAGUCACUGAUGAGCGGAGGAACGGGCGGAUGGGUUCUGCUGCCCUCUCCAUCGGCUUCUCCGUCACCAUUGGUCACCUCAUGGGGAUGUACUACACCGGGGCUGGGAUGAACCCUGCUCGCUCCUUUGCUCCUGCCGUGCUCUUCAGAAACUUCAUCAACCACUGGGUGUACUGGGUGGGGCCCAUGAUCGGAGGUGCUAUGGGUGCCCUGUUUUACGACUUCAUGCUGUUCCCACGCAUGAGGGGUCUGUCCGAGCGCUUGGCCACACUGAAGGGAAGCCGCCCACCUGAGAGCGAGAGCCAGCAGGACCCCCGCGGAGAGACCAUCGAGCUCAAGACACAAGCCCUAUAA